CAGUGGUGAGAGUUUGCUAUUUGAACUAACAAAAAGUUGAUAGCAGUUAAAACAGUGCAUGCACUUUUGUGCUUGUGGGGAUCUCUUUUCUCUCUUCCCAAUUUAUUAGCAGCAGUUCUAACAUAGUGUAAAGAAAGAAGACACAAUGCAGUUGUGGAAGCUCUUCAUCACUGCAUUAAUGCCGGUUCUUAAGGUGCUCCUUAUUACUGCUGUUGGUGCAUUUCUUGCACUGCACCGAUUUAAUAUACUUAGGGAGAGUGCUAGGAAGCACUUGAAUACAAUAGUAUACUAUGUCUUCACUCCGGCUCUUGUUUGCAGCAUCCUGGCUAAAGCUAUAACAUUUAGGAGCCUGGUUAUGGUGUGGUUCAUGCCAUUGAACAUUCUUCUCACAUUUAUCAUUGGGACAGCACUAGGAUGGUUGUUUUUGAAAAUAGCUAAAUCACCUCCUGAAAUGCAAGGCCUUGUGUUGGGGUGUUGUGCCGCAGGAAAUCUAGGCAAUUUGCCUCUUAUCAUAAUUCCAGCAGUAUGUAAAGAAAGCAAUAGUCCUUUCGGAGAUGUUGAUAUUUGUAAUAAAAAGGGGUUGGCAUAUGCCUCUUUGUCCAUGGCAAUAGGACACAUCUACAUUUGGACUUUCGUGUACAACGUUAUCCGCGUAUAUUCAUGCAAGAUUUGCAAUUUGAACAAAGUUGAUGGUUCCACAGUAGGUCCAGUGUCAGCAAUUGAAACAGAUCUAGAAAACCAUUCAACUGAACCAGUAGUUUCUGCAGAGGAUCUCUCAGAGACCAAUAAUCAUGUAACAAAACAAAAGCAAAUUAUGAAACCAUUAAAAACAUUAGUAAAAAAGCUCAAUCUGAAGGUUCUAUUAGCACCUGCAACGAUCGGAUCGAUUCUUGGUCUAAUAAUUGGUGUAGUUCCUCCAUUCCAAAAGAUGUUUGUUGGCGAUAAAGCUCCUUUACGUGUGGUUGAAGAUUCUGCAUCCAUGCUGGGGGACGCAUCCAUUCCGGCAAUCACUGUGUUAGUUGGAGCAAAUCUUCUUGGUGGGUUAAAACGAUCAGGAAUGAAGCUUUCACUUCUUGUGGGGAUCCUUGUGAUUAGAUAUAUUGCCCUACCAAUUUUAGGUGUGGGCAUUAUUAAAGGUGCAAUCCAUUUUGGCAUUAUCCACCAAGAUCCACUAUACCACUUUAUUUUACUGCUUCAAUACGCCCUUCCGCCUGCAAUAAGCAUAAGUACAAUUACUCAAUUAUUUGGAGCUGGGGAAACAGAAUGCUCAAUUGUUAUGCUAGCAACUUAUGUCUGUGCCUCGUUUUCACUUACACUAUGGUCCACUUUUUUCAUGUGGCUUGUCCUAUAAAUGUAUUUUUUUUUUCUUUACCUCACUAUGUCUUACUGUCAAAGAACUGCACACGGAUUACAGAUUAUUCUAGUCAAAUUAGUAUCACUGGAAGGUAGAAUAAAU